AUGACAAGAGGAACGAGGAAGAGAGAACGAGAAGAUCAUAACUCUGGGACAGGGACAGCACAGCCAAGGCUCCCUGCUGAAAUCAUGGAAGAAAUCCUUUCAAGGUUGCCUGUGAAAUCUCUCAUUCGUUUCCAGGGUGUCUGUAAAUCAUGGUGCAAUCUAUUCAGUGAUCCUCGUUUCAUCACAAUGAACCUGAAGCAAUCAACAGAAACCAACAGACGUUCUCGUCUCAUCAUCUCAACUGCUUCCACGUUCUACUCAGUGGAUCUUCAGGCAUUCGACAGGGCCAAACGUCUUCAUGUACCAUUUCCGAGACCGCUCGGAAAGAUCCACGUGCUGGGUUCCUGUAAUGGCAUAGUAUGUCUGACGCUAUCACAGCACGAGAAACGCAUCCAUCUCUGGAACCCCAUAAGCAGAGAUUUCCAGGACGUGCCGCUCAGAGCUUUCGACCUCCGCUAUCGAAGGAUGUUUGUGGGGUUUGGCUACAAUCCCACUUCUGAUGUCUACAAGAUUGUACAAAUUUACACUUUCUUUGACAGCAGUUUCAAGUCCACCAAAACAGUCGUAGAUGUCUACAAGCUUCAGAUGAAUGCCCACGGAAGGACUCACCACCUUGGAGAAGUUGAGUAUGAAAUUAAAGAGGACGGGACAUGGCUGCAGCUUAGUCAGGCACCAGGCAACAGAGCUCUUCACUGGAUGGCAAGACGGAGGGACGAUCCAUACAAUCAUCUCAGCCCAGAAGUUCUUGUUUCAUUCGAUCUUGAGGAUGAGAAGUUCAGAGAGGUCCAGCUGCCUGAACCCACAAAGGAAUCCGGUGGCCAACUUCGCUUGACAUCUCUUGAUGGAUGCCUGUCUGUAUUUUGUAUCUCCUAUCCAUGGGAUGUUGAUGUAUGGGUAAUGAAGGAUUAUGGGUUGAAGCAUUCUUGGAUUAAAAAGUUAUCUUUUAAUGUCUCAGACAUUGCUUCUGGUACUAAGUUUUUUAGGCCAGUGGGAUUUGGAAUCAAUGGGGAAGUCAUAGUGCUUGAUGAUAUUGAUGGGAAAUCAAUAUUUCUGUACGAUCCUGUCUCCAAAAGGACUAGAAAUGUUCAGAUCCCCGGAAGAACACGAUAUAUAAAUACUUAUGUGGAGAGCCUUGUUGCAUUCAGAGAUGCAGAUUAUGUGGAUGGAUAA